GGGCCGCUGCCUUCUCUGCCCCGGGUUGAGGGACCGGUGUUUGAGGGGGGAGCUGGUCCCAGGGCCCCCCCUGACUGCCUUCCCCGUGUGCAGGAGCGUGACUGGGAGAAGCCCUGCCAGAGGCCUGCGUACGACCGGAUCCUGCCCCCCAGCUUCUGCCGGAGCCAUGGGGAUAGAGGAGGAGGUGGAGGCCAUCGGCCAGACGCUGGUGGACGCAGCCCAGCCCCUGCCCGCCCGGUUUCGGGCCCUUUUCACCCUGCGUAACCUGGGCGGCCGCGCGGCUGUGGACUGGAUCAGCCGGGCCUUUGGGGAUGGCUCCGCGCUGCUGAAGCACGAGCUGGCCUACUGCCUGGGCCAGAUGCGGGAUGAGGCGGCCAUCCCUGUGCUCAUCCGGGUGCUGGAGGACACCAGCCAGGAGCCCAUGGUCAGGCACGAGGCAGGUGAAGCCCUGGGUGCGAUUGGGAAUCCCGAUGUGCUGGAUAUUCUGAAACGCUAUUCAAGUGAUCCCGUGGUUGAGGUGGCAGAGACAUGUCAGCUGGCAGUGAAGAGGCUGGAGUGGCUGCAGGAGAACAAGCAGGAGCCGAAUGCCAGCCCCUACCUCUCUGUGGAUCCUGCUCCUCCUGCUGAGGAGACGGAUGUCGCCAAACUCCGUGAAACCCUCCUGGAUGAGUCCCACACCCUAUUCGACCGCUACAGGGCCAUGUUUGCCCUGCGAAACCUCGGGGGCCAGGCUGCUGUGCUGGCGCUGGCAGACGGACUGCGCUGCGGCAGCGCGCUCUUCCGCCAUGAGAUUGGGUACGUGCUGGGCCAGAUGCAGGAUGAGGCCUGUGUCCCGCAGCUGACGGCUGCGCUGCGCAGCCGCACCGAGAGCCCCAUGGUGCGCCAUGAGUGUGCCGAGGCCCUGGGCUCCAUCGCCCGCCCCUCCUGCCUGGAGACCCUGCGCGCCUUCACCCACGACGAGGAGCGGGUGGUGCGGGAGAGCUGCGAGGUGGCGCUGGAUAUGUACGAGUAUGAGAACAGCGCCCAGUUCCAGUACGCCGAUGGGCUCUGCAAGCUGCAGGCCUCCACCUGAGCCCCAGCUUGAAUGGGGGGCCGGACUGGGUGGGCUGCCUCCCCCCCGCCCCGGCCCACUGCGUUUUCACAGCUGCCUCCAUUGAUGUGGAUCUGUGCCUUGCUGUGAUGGAGGUGGAACUGGAUUUUCUCUCUGGCACAAUUACAGCCACUUUCUCCCUCCAAAUCCAGGCUGAGCUGCUACUUGCCCCCUGCCCCGCCACCCCCUGUUUCCUGGAUCUGCCCCUUUUUCCCUGCCAGGAUCAGCACUGUCUGCCCGCAGCCUGGCUCAGGGCUUGGAUCUGGUGGGCUCUGCUCUGCACGUCGGAGCCUGUUGUGGCUGUGCAGGGCCUGGGGCUGCUCCGGGCUUGUGCUGCUGCCGCGGUUCAGUGUGAAACAGCUCCACUCUCCCUGCCUUAGCUCUGCUGAGAGGGUCAGGUCUGGCUUUGGGCACCCACUCUCAUAGGUUGUAGCAGUGCGAUGCCUUGAAAUCGCCCUUCGUACUGGUGCUGAGUCGGGUCCCUCCUUGCCUUUGUGGUGGAGGAGCUGCUGUGGGUUUGGCCUCUCCUGUUGGGGCAAGCCAGGGCUGUGCUUGCGGCAGCCUUUGCCCUGGGAUGGGGGUUGUUUCAUGGCAAAGUUUGGAAGAUUUGGCUGCACUGCUGCUUUCUGCAGGGAACGGCGCUGCCAUUAGGGCUUACAGGGUGAGGCAGGGCCUGUCCAGACUUUCCCCUGCAUUUAACCAGACCUGGGAGGGCUGAGGCUGGUGUCUGCUGCCGUCACCCAGCACCCAAACCCCCAGGCAGCUCAGUGUGGGCACGGGGGGCUGCCAGGGAAUAAAGCUGGGGGGGAGAGCUCCUGCGUGAGUUGAGUUGUGAUUUAAUCCUUGCCCAGAUGUGGGAUGCACCCAGCUCCUCUGUGUCGGGCCUCAGCAAGGAACCCUGGGGCUGCCGUGAUAGAAUCAUAGAACAGAAUCAUUUAGGUUGGAAAAAACUUAAGUCAAACUGUAAUGGGAGCAGAGAGCAUGGGGUGGGGUCCCGGAUGGCAUGGGGUAAGCCCCUCUUCCCCCCCCCCCUCCCUAGCAGGUCUGGAGAGGGGGUCAGACCUUGCCCAUGGGCUGCCCAGGAGCCCCCACGGUGCUGCCUGGCGGGGGGGCCAGUGGAGUCCCCCUGCACCCCGGGGACUGGCAUCCUGCUGACAGGGCUUUCCCCCUUCACCCAAGUCUCCCUGUGAGUUGCUUCCAGGCUCAAUCCUCUUAGUCCCUAAAGCUGCUGCUGCAGGCGCCUCGGCAUCCACGGGGCUCUGGUGCUUGGGGACGCAGCUAGAGCGGGGAGCCCCAGCCCAGUCUGGCCCAGUUCAGGGUGCCACGGAAUGGGGUUUUACUGGAGACAUGAUUGAUUUUGGUCUGUACAUGCUUACUGAAACGCAGACACAUCUGCCCAGCUGCUGUGGAUGGGGGGUGGUUUGUGUGUGAUGCAGAGGAGCAGGGCCACCGAUCCUCUGUUCCUCAGCACUGGAGACAAAGACUUGAUGUUUUCACACGUUCAGCAGCUGUUAGGGGGCUUCUUGCCCUCCCGUCAUCCUCUGUAGCCCCUGGCUCCCAGGCAGGACCCAGGCAGCACCCACCGCCAAGCUUUAGGGUGUCUGCACCCAUGUGUGUCCCCUGCGGGCGGUGGGGCGGGGCGGUGGGAUGUGCCAUUCCCCCUUGCGAUGUUAUCGGUGUGAGGCAGCUGCCCGCUCCGCGCCUGGCCCUUGCUGCCAUGUGGGCCUGGGCACGCUGCCUGCGGGCUCCCCGGUGUGUGCCCGUGGGUUUGCCCCUGCUUAUCUCUCGGACUGCUCCAGCCCUUCCUCUCCACAGUUCUUCAGCGUUUUCACAGGUAGUUCACUCGGACCAUGCAGGCUUGCUUGCAAAUCUCUCUCUGCUGGCAUUUGCCUCCGCUCCCUCAAAUGCCUUUUAAACCCAAAUUGGAACAAAACUGGUGUGUUUGCAGCCAGGAUCUUGCUGAGGUGACCUGGGUGGAGGAGAACUUGGGUGUUGAGCCCUGACUUGGCACCGAGCCAUUGUGGGCACCUUCAUCCUUCCCCUGGCUCGCCUGCCCUGGGAAACGUUCAGGUUGGUUGGUUUUUUUUUUCAAGGCUGCUGCUGGUCGAGGCCAAACCCUGCACCCUUCUGGUGCAGAGCACAUCGCUUUUGGGCGAUGCCUGGACCCUGCACCCCUCUGCAGGCUGCUCCGUGCCGGAGGAGCAACACUGGGCACCAGGGUGCCACACGCAGCAGCCGAGGCGAAGCUCUGGGCAGUGACAGCCCCUCGCUGUGGGCCGCUUGGCUGCAGCCGGACUCUGCGCAGCAAACGGGGCCCCGUGGGGCCUCCCCCCCCGGCAUGGGGCUGCAGCGGCUAUCCCCUCCGCCCAUCCCCUCCCUGCUCGGAGGGCGCUGUGUCCUCCAGGACAGGGCACUGCUGCCGGGAUUUCACGCCAUCUGCUCAGGGGAUCUGGGACUUGCCGAGGGAUUUAACCAAGCACAGGGGAGCGGGGGAGGCCUCAGGGUGUCCCUCCCCAUCCCUGCCUUUGGGCUUUCUCCAGCUGCAGAGGAUUCCCUACAUCUGGAAGGGUGGAGGUACCUAUGGUGCUGUCAGAGGGGUAGAUUCUUGGGACCCUGAGCCAUGUCAGAGCCUGCUGGUCACCCCCCAGGCUGAGCCUGCAGGGCUGUGCCCGGAUUAGCAGGUGCUAAGCUCCUUCCCGUGGAUGCUCUGUCCUUUGGUGGCAGCGGGUGAGCGGCUCCCUGUCACACGGAGGGCGAGUGGCACUGCCACUGGGCAUGGGAACCCCGCUGUCCCCGUGAGCUGCUGCCACCGAGGAGCUUCACAGACCCUGAUGCCACUUCUCCCCUGCAGCCCCCUCUGUGGCACAGGCUUUGGGUUUGGGGGGAGCUGGCAAUGGCCCUGGCAGGGGGCACCCCACUCCCUGGCACCGGGGAGGCGUUGGGGUCACGGCACUUGCUGCAGUAUCCCCCCGAGGAGGACGGGGUGCUGUAUGUGGACUACAAGCCCCCCGCCCUGGACAGCAUCCGACUGCCCCGCUAUGUCGUUUACCUGAUGAUGGGAGCCACCCUGGUGCUGCUGGUGGUAUACGCCAUCAUGGGGCACCUCAUCAAGGACCUGAUGCACGACUUUGCUGACUGGGCGUUUGGGCCCAAGCCGGAGGAGGAGAAGGUGGUGAUGGCUAAGGGGACCGUGCCGGAGGUGGAGUGGCUGGAGGAGGAGGAGGAGGACAGGGUGCUGGCAGAGGUUAAACCGGAGCGUGAAGGCACCAGUGCCCUGCCUGGCAUGGACAUCCCGCUGGGGCUGCUCACCGCUGCCCCACGCAGCUCCAUCACUUUCGCUGACACCCCCAAGAAAAGGUUUUUCUAGGGCCGGGGGACUUGGCCCCACCACCCCCAGGACCUCUCAGCCAUGCCUGGCCACUGGGUCACAGCACGGCCCCUGGCCCCUGACUGGGGUGCAGGGGUAAUGCUGCCUGGUGCUGGCACGUGGCUUCACCCGUCCUCAGCACAACCCCACACGCUUCUCUCGGGGCUGCUCUUGCUGACCCCCAAUAAAGCAGCCUGCUCCAGC